AAAAACGUUGAGAGCGAUUGGAUUUGGGGCUACAUUCACUCUGCAGUUCUAUUCGGCUCUGAUACUCAACGUUGGUGCAAAAGCAUGGCAGCCAUGGAAGGAGUGAUACCCAACCAAAAUCAGCAACUUCAACCCCAACAAUUACAACAGCAACCACAACCAGUGGUUGUAGAGAGGCUAAACGAUGCCGUGCAGCAACAACUCAACCUCGAGUCUGUCAAGACCCGAGCUUCCAGUCUCUUCAAAUCCAUUUCUCGCAUUCUCGAAGACUUUGACGUAUAUGCUCGCACCAACACCUCUCCAAAAUGGCAAGAUAUUAUGGGGCAGUAUUCGAUGGUGAAUCUUGAGCUAUUCAACAUUGUUGAUGACAUUAAGAAGGUUUCCAAGGCUUUUGUGGUACAUCCCAGGAAUGUCAAUGCCGAAAAUGCUACAAUACUGCCGGUUAUGCUUUCCUCCAAACUGUUGCCGGAGAUGGAAACUGAGGAUAACUCCAAGAGGGAACAAUUGCUUCAUGGGAUGCAGAAUUUAUCUGUAUCCGCACAAAUUGAGAAGUUAAAGGCAAGAAUUGAUAUGAUUGGAGCAGCUUGUGAAAGUGCUGAGAAAGUAUUAGCUGACACUCGUAAGGCCUAUUGUUUUGGAACUCGGCAAGGGCCAUCUAUCGUUCCGACUCUGGAUAAAGCCCAAGCAGCAAAAAUUCAAGAGCAAGAAAAUUUACUUCGAGCUGCUGUAAAUUAUGGUGAAGGUCUACGAUUACCUGGUGACCAAAGGCAGGUGACACCUACACUUCCAGUGCAUCUCGUGGAUGUUCUCACUGCAGGUGAUGGAAUGCAAACUUUCUCUGAUUCAUCUGGUAUGUACCAUAAGAAUACCCCUCCCUCAGCAAAUAACUUAGCUGCUCAAAGCCCUUUGUUACAGGCUUCUGGAUCACAGCUUCUUGGAAGAUCAGCUGCAUCUCCCGGGACUAUUACUUCUACUAAUUUUGAUAACACAACAACAUCUCCUCUGCCAUAUGCUAAUUCACCAAGGUCUAAUACAAGCAUGAUGAAUGCCCCAUCUCCUCAGCAACAAAGUCAACAGCAGCUACAACAGCAACAGCAACAACAGAGACAGAAAUUAAUGCAAUUACCUCAGCAGCAGCAGCAGCAACAACUUCUUGCUCAACAACAAUUUAGGCAAUCUACAAUGCAUGGAUUGGGACAGAACCAACUACCCCAACUGCAUGAUCUACAAGGCCAGACUUCACAAAAGUUUCAAUCGUUACAUGGGCAACAACAAAUGCAAUUUUCUCAGUCAAUGGGGCAGCAGCAAUUUCAGGGUAGGCAGCUUCCUUCUGGACAUCUUCAACAUGGCAUUGGUCAAAGCCAACUCAGUCAAGGAAGUCAAAUAAAUCGUCAUUUAAACCAGUUUUCUAGUACUGCCAAUAGUGCUAUGUUUAAUGCAGCUCAGACGACGGCAAAUCCUCAAAUGAUUCCAAACAUGUCAGCUACAAUGUCAUCAUCGUCCCUUUUGCCACGGAUGCAGCCGUUCGGACUAGCUGGUAACAAUCCACAGAGAAGCCACACUUCCCAGAUUUUGAGUGAUCAAAUGUUUAACAUGGGAGCAGGAAAUCCAGGAGCCUUGAUGCAGCAGCAGCAGCAGCAACAACAACAACAACAACAUAAUACACAAGGAGCAUUUGGAAAUAUGACCCAAAAUGCCCAGAAUCUUCAAUCUGGCAUGGCAACAUUACAGAGCAAUCCACAGAGUCACACCAAUUUUGGCCAACAAAGACAGCAAAACCAGCAGCAAUAAAUACUGUAGUGAGUUAGUUGUUUGCUUUGCGGUUUUCAAACAAUUUAAUGUGCUCAUUAGAGUUUUAUCUGAAAGCUUGUAGUGUUGUUACUUGUGUACUCUUUUUACAGAGGAAUAUAGUAUCUAUAGUUCAAGCUCCUGUGAUUA